AUGCAAGUUUAUUUAGUAGGCGGUGCCGUUAGAGAUCAUUUACUCGGUCAUCCCUAUCACGAAAAGGAUUAUGUUGUUGUUGGCGCUACGCCAGAGCAACUUCUUGCCCAAGGUUAUCAACCCGUUGGGAAAGAUUUCCCUGUGUUUUUACAUCCCAAAACAAAAGAAGAAUAUGCCCUAGCCCGUACUGAGCGUAAAUCAGGACACGGUUAUCAUGGAUUUGAGUUUUUUACCGAUUCAGAUGUCACCUUAGAAGAGGAUUUAAUUCGUCGUGACUUAACCAUCAAUGCCAUUGCGAUGGAUGAAGCAGGUCAAGUGUAUGAUCCUUAUCAUGGACAAGAUGAUUUAGCGCAUAAAAUCCUACGUCACGUUUCAGACGCUUUUGCAGAAGAUCCGUUACGCGUACUGCGUGUGGCUCGUUUUGCUGCUCGUUAUGCACAAUAUGGUUUUCGUAUUGCCGAUGAAACACUUGCAUUGAUGCGUCAACUGGCUGAAUCUGGCGAAUUAGAAGCACUGACACCUGAACGUGUUUGGAAAGAAACCUCUCGUGCUUUAAUGGAACGUCAUGCGGAUGUUUACUUUGAAGUGUUACGUGAGUGUGGUGCAUUAGAAGUACUCUUUCCUGAAAUAGAUGCCCUGUUUGGCGUUCCACAACGACCUGAAUAUCAUCCUGAGAUUGAUUGCGGUAUUCAUACACUGAUGUCUUUACAGCAAGCAUGUAAAGCCAAUUAUUCUUUAGAUGUUCGUUUUGCCGUAUUGGUACAUGACUUGGGCAAAGCUUUAACACCGAAAGAUGAAUUACCUCGUCAUAUCAUGCAUGAAGAACGUGGGAUUCAGCCUGUCACAGAUGUAUGUGAUCGUUUACGUGUGCCUACUCAAACGAAACAGCUUGCUCUAGCAGCUUUUACCUUAAAACCAGGCACCUUAUGGCGUUUAUUACAGCGUUUAGAUGUGCUACGUCGUCCUGAGCGUGUUGAAGCUUUUGCACAAGCCUGUGAAUGUGAUGCUAAAGGCCGUUUAGGUUUAGAAAAUCGUGAAUACCCACAAGCGCAUUACCUAUUAGAUGCAAUGAAAACUGUACGCACGAUUAAAGCAUCGGAUUUACCCUCAGAUAUUCAAGGUCCUGAUAUUGGUGAAAUGUUGAUUCAAAAACGUAUUGAAGCGAUUGCUGAUUUAAAGCAUGAGUUAGGUCAUCAUCAUCAUACG